AUGAGUGCUGAUAAUUAUAACAACUUCAAAUGUUCUGCUGUCUUUUUGGAAGGUUAUGGUCGUGGUUAUGAUACUAUAUCAUCAAGACAUCGUCAAUGUCCAUCAACAUCAUCAGGUUCAAUAUUCUAUUCGUCAUGGUUAGCAAGGAAACGCUUGAUACUAUCAGCUGGUAAUAAGCGAUCCAAGACAUAUCAUCAAAAAAAUGUUGAGUACGAUGGUAAUGAUAUUGAUCCAAAAUCUGAUGAACAAGGUUCACAAGGUAUUGAUAUAAUAUCUGCAAUGGAAAUUGAUACUGAUAAACAACAUGAUGACCAAACUGUUCUUGAACCUGUAAAGAGAAUUAAUGAAAAAUUAAAAGAAAAGACAGAUGAUAAAGUUUAUCAUCUGUAUGUCUCUGUACCUGUGCUGGGUCAAAGGUCAAUCGUCGAAGGUUAUGUUGGUUUGGGAGAAAUACUUGACGAUAUCAAAUUUGAAUUUGGUCUUCCUGAUAGUGCUUCUCUACGUUUGAUCAACGCUGCAAAAAAUUAUCGCGUUGUCGGUUUCAACGCGGGCACUCUGUGGAAAUUCGAUGAUGCAGAAGAACUAAAAUAUAGGAUUGUUGUUCGUGGUGAAACAUCUAAAGGUAGUAGAGGUACGGUGGGAAACGACCGGAAAGCACGGGAUAUUGCUGGAAAGUGGAAGCAGUAUUCCGGCCGGAAAUUACCGGAUUUUUUUCCUAUGGAUUCCGGUAAUUUUUCCACACAUUUUCGGUCGGCACCUCCAGUAUCUGCCCUCGGGAAUCAUUGGCCUGGGUAUAUUAAUGAAAUUGUUACACCGGGAUUUAAACAACGUGUAUCAAAUGAAGGUAUGCCAUCAACAUCAAAUUCCGGUACAUAUGAUGAUUUAAUUAUCGAAUUGGGAUCCUCUCGGUUGGUCCCCAUUACCAAUUAACUCAACUCGUCCCCCCUUAAUUGACUCUCAAUUCGUCCCCCACGGAAUUCUUUCCUAGUUGAUUGAUUCUCAAUUCGUCCCCAAGC